AUGAGCAAGAGCGCGGGGUCCAUGCAGGACCUCGCGAGGCAGCUUGUAUCCUCCCUAAACCCCGAAUCAACACCAGACACACUCGAUGCAACUGCUCGUCGCGUUGCAGCGCAGGUGCGCACCCACGCCGGCGCGAGCAUGCGCAAGGAAUGGCACGAGGUGCGCGGCACUCUCAAGGGGCUCGCCUGCACAGCCCGCGUACGUGUCGAAGACGACGUGGCGAGCGCAUACGACAAGCUCGUCCUCAAGCUCGAGGAGCACCGGCGACGCGGCGGCACGCGGUGGGACGAGGACCUUCCCCUCCAGGCGUCCAAUAUCCCACAACACGUCCACCUCCUUCUUGAGCUCGCGCAGCCGACGAAUGCCACCGCGCGAACGUUUGCCGAGGCGUUCCUUGUACGACCACCGCACGCCGCCGCCAAGUCGGACAUGCGACUGUAUCGCGAGAUUAUGGCUGCUCCGUUUGAGGGCGAGCACUGGGGCCCGAGCUAUGAAGCGGAGGCGGAGUGGAGUAGCGAGAGCGAGAGCAGCGCAACACCAAGCGAGGACGAGAUCGUCACGCCAGCGGCUAAGGGCCGGAGCGGCGCACAGGCUGCACGCGAGGCUGAGGCAGCCCGCAGGGCUGAUGAACAUGCACGCCUCCUCCUCGCCAAGCUCCAAGUGCGUGAGCUCGACGCUGCGGCGUACUGGAAGACCGGCGGGGAUCCACUUUCUUCCUCCGAAGGGGCGCGGGGGUGGCGCGCGCUGUCGUCUCUGCCGACCCUCGCGUCACCGGCCCUGCCCCGACAUGAUCGCGCGAUCAGCGCUGCCCAGCUCCAGCGCGAAAUCCUGUUCGCCCUGAGCGGACGUCCAGGGAUCCUCCUCGCUUUCGAUGCGGACACAUGCUCCAUCGUCCCUGGCCACCCCGAAGUGGCGGCCUUCUCGCCCGCCAUUCUCAAAGGUAUCCUCUCCACGUUCGCAGCACACGCAACGCAAGGCGCGCGGUUGCGCAAAUUUGUCACCGAAACAUUAGCGCCUGGCGCACACUCCGAGACGGUGGAGGCAUUCGCCGCGGCCUGUCAGGGCGUACUGCGCGACGUGACGCGAUGGGUGGCCGAGCGCGAAGCAGCAUUCCUCGGAACAUUCGAGACGAGUGUCAGUACGCCGCUAGUACUCGAGCGCGAGUAUGCGCGCUUCGGAGAAGUACUGGACGCGCUCUGCCGCCUGAUCCCGCUUGCUGCGCAUCCCGUCGCCCUCCUCGACGCGCUGUACGAGGCUACCACCUCGCCUGUGGCGUGGGGAUUGCGUGCCACGCUGACAGACGUGUUCGUUCAAGCUGCUACGCCGAUAUGGCACAUGACGGGCGACUGGCUCGUGCAAGGCAUGCCUGUACCUGAGAGCCUGUCGAGCCCGGAAGCCGACUUGGCGUUGCAGGAGGACGACACUGAGCGCGCUCUACCGCCUGAAUUCUUUAUCCAGCGCGACCGCGACGCGGCGUGGAUCGACGAGGACUUCUGGGAAGCCGGCUUUAUUGUCGGGCCUGAACGCUGGCCUGCAUGGCUGGCCGCCGUGCGCGCCGAAGUGCUCGAGGGCGGUAAAGCGCGGGGCCUCCUGCACUCCCUUCCCUCCGUACACGAGAGCGAAACAUGGCUUCCGCUCACCGAGCUCGUUUCCCCAACCGAGGACAUUGCGGAAGCGCUUUGUGGCUUCGUCGCGCCCAUCUGUCGUCGCUCACAGGUGCUUCUCGCCGACACGCUGGAGAGAGAGUGUGGCCUGCAGGCCCACCUCGCUGCCAUUGACGGGCUGAGCCUCAUGCGUGCCUUUGACGUGGUCGACACCUGGGCCGACUGGCUCUUCGGACAGAUGGCCGCUCACAAGCCCUGGGCAGACUUCCACCUCCUAACCCACGCGAUGCGCGACGCCAUUGAGUCGACCGGCGCGUCGCUCAACCCCGCCGCUGUGCGGGUGCGCACCACUCGCCGGCGAGCAGGCUUGGCAGACAUCAGGGUGGAUUACUUGGUUCCCUUCCCCCUCUCGCAGAUGUUCACAGGCACGUCACUCGAUCUACGCUCCGAUGUGUUCGGGUUCCUCCUCCGCGUCCUGCGGGCACGCAAGCUACUCCUCCGCGCGCGCUCCGUAGCGGAGAUGCAAGCCGGCGGGCGAAUGGAUGUACUGAUUCCUCUCCGGCGGAUCCGACACGCGGCCAACUGGGCCUUGAACACGCUGUGGAUCUGGGCCAAUGCGGCAAUUGAUAUCCUGGCGAGACGGCAUGCGGCCUCAAUGGCCGGAGCGAGUUUCCAGACCCUCACGGACGCGGCAAUGGUGCAUGUUUCGGGCAUCCUCGACGCCGCAGAGGCGCUAUACGCCGUCGCCAGCUCGACCUUGGGCGUGUCCCUGCCCACACGCCGGUACGAGUCUGACACAGAGUCUGAAUCCGAAAUGAGCGACAGGUUUGAGGUGAGCUCUGAUACAGUGCAAGAAGAUAAGCUCGACACUAUCGGGACCGCCCUGGGGGUCCAUGUACACGGGUUGAGGGAUGUGGUUGAGGGUCUGGAGGGACGGGAGGGGGAUGCGGCAGCUAGAGAGAUGUGGGGUAUGCUGGUUUUCGCGUUGCAGGAUUGGAAGGAUGUGUUGUAG